AAAGAGGAUAGUCAUGCUCCCUGUUGGAGCAACAGGCAGCAGGGGACGACUGAGCAGUGACACACUCAAAGUCUAUAAUACAUCUUACAGGGUGUCACAUGGCCAGAGAGUUCAUGACUCAGGCAAGCUGAACUUCACUUCUUACCUCGGACAUCCCAGUGAGACAGGCUUCACGGCAAACCAGAGACCAGCUAUUUAUUACAGGCCCAGUCUGGAUCACAUUGACAACCCUCAAUUUGGACUCCUGUUAUGUGAUAGUUACAUGUCUCAGACCAAGCGGCACUACCAGCCCCACGUCUGGCCUGGUUGUUCAGGGUCUUUGCCAAACCUCACUAACAAAUCCAGAGACAGUGGCUUCUAUCAGCUGAGGAGUCACCCAAAAACCGUGACUGGCAAGGAGAAGACAGAAUACCAAAGAUUGUUUGUGCCUCAUCGUCUCACUCCAACAGUUUCCCAAGACCACGUGGUUAUAGGUCCUAAAGGAGCAACUGGUUUCACUGAGGGGACAGACCUUGAGUUUAACACAUUUCAGGAGAAAAACACCAACAAGGUUGAACCUCGAGUGAGUCAUGGCUCAGUGAUGAAAAACGACUACUUGCCUCCGUCAUUUCUGCAGGGCACUGAGGCAAUGCCGGGCCUGUGCAGCCAUUCUUGUCGAGAAACAGGAUUCACUCGAGGUGCCAUCGCUCCCUUGGUCUGUCCAAGUUCCCUUUUGCCAUCGCCCCAGACUAAAAGCAAUGCACCAACUGAAAAGACCAUUGGAAGAAAGGAGCCCACAGGGUUUCUUUUGAAUGAUCCAAACAGCCAAGUUUUUCCUGAUGUACCUUUUGAUUGUUCACACUUCACUACACAUUAUAAGAGCAAGUUCUGUAAUGAUGCUGAUUUUAAAAAGAUGAGAUCUGGCCACACUGGUGCAGGAAUCAUCAGUGCGAAAAUGGACAACAGCUACAGUCGUCGGGACAUGGACAGGUUCAUCUUUAGGGGCUAAUGUUUCACACAACUGAGAUGCUACCUUCUUGGCUACUCAUCACAAAAAUAAAAUUCCGGAUUUCUUGUUAACUCGUUACUCUGGGUGUU